CCCUGGCCCGCGUGCACACACGCGCCCACCGCGGCUCGGGCUGGCUGAGCGCGGGCGAGUGUGAGCGCGGGCGAGUGUGAGCGCGAGUGUGCGCACGCCGCGGAGAGCCUCUGCCCUCGCCUCGCACCCUGCUCAGGGCAUCUUGAGAGCCUGGAAACGUGAACAGGCUUAAAGUAUGGCAUGUUGCAAAGAUGGUUUCUGCCAAGAAGGUACCCGCGAUCGCUACGUCCUCCCGGGUCAGUUUCGCCCUCCUGCACUUCCUGUGCCUGGCGGCGUGUUUAAACGAAUCCCCAGGACAGAACCAAAAGGAGGAGAAAUUAUGCCCGGAAAAUUUUACCCGCAUCUUGGACAGCUUACUCGAUGGUUAUGACAACAGGCUGCGUCCUGGAUUUGGGGGUCCUGUUACAGAAGUAAAAACUGACAUAUAUGUCACCAGCUUUGGACCUGUCUCUGAUGUUGAAAUGGAAUACACAAUGGAUGUGUUCUUCAGACAGACAUGGAUUGACAAAAGACUAAAAUAUGAUGGCCCCAUUGAAAUUUUGAGAUUGAACAAUAUGAUGGUAACAAAAGUAUGGACCCCUGAUACUUUCUUCAGGAAUGGGAAGAAAUCUGUUUCACAUAAUAUGACAGCUCCAAAUAAGCUUUUUAGAAUUAUGAGAAAUGGCACUAUUUUAUACACAAUGAGACUCACCAUAAGUGCAGAGUGUCCCAUGAGAUUGGUGGAUUUCCCCAUGGAUGGUCAUGCAUGCCCUUUGAAAUUUGGAAGUUAUGCAUAUCCGAAGAGUGAGAUGAUUUAUACCUGGACAAAAGGUCCUGAGAAAUCAGUGGAAGUUCCAAAGGAGUCUUCCAGCUUAGUCCAGUAUGACUUGGUUGGGCAAACUGUAUCAAGUGAAACUAUCAAGUCCAUUACGGGUGAAUAUAUUGUUAUGACAGUUUACUUCCACCUCAGACGGAAGAUGGGUUACUUUAUGAUUCAGACAUACAUUCCAUGUAUUAUGACAGUGAUUCUUUCUCAAGUUUCAUUCUGGAUAAACAAGGAAUCAGUUCCAGCUAGGACUGUAUUUGGAAUAACCACAGUCCUCACCAUGACCACCCUGAGCAUCAGCGCACGGCAUUCUUUGCCCAAAGUGUCCUAUGCUACUGCCAUGGAUUGGUUCAUAGCUGUCUGCUUUGCUUUCGUAUUUUCCGCCCUUAUUGAGUUUGCUGCUGUCAAUUAUUUUACCAAUAUUCAAAUGGAAAAAGCCAAAAGGAAGUCAUCGAAAGCCCUCCAGGAAAUACCGGCUGCUCCUGUGCGGAGAGAAAAGCCCCCCGAAGCUCCUCUGCAGAACACAAAUGCCAAUCUGAACAUGAGAAAAAGAACAAAUGCCUCGGUUCACUCCGAAUCUGAUGCUGGCAACAGGACUGAGGUGGGAAACCAUUCGAGCAAAUCUUCCACAGUUAUUCAAGGAUGUUCUGAAGCCACAUCGAAGUCUUACUUAGCUUCCAGUCCAAACCCAUUCAGCCAUGCAAAUGCAGCGGAAACAAUAUCUGCCGCGAGAGCACCUCUAGCGGCUCCUCCUUCUACUCCUAGUAGACCUGGGUAUGUGUCCCAACAGGCUUCCAUUGGAUCUGCUUCUACCCGCCGUGUGUUUGGAUCAAGACUGGAGCGAAUUAAGACCACCAUUAAUACCGUAGGGGCUUCUGGGAAGUCGUCAGCCACCACUCCUCCCUCUGUCCCACCACCGUCUGGAUCUGGCACAAGCAAAAUAGACAAAUAUGCCCGCAUUCUCUUUCCAGUAACAUUCGGGGCAUUUAACAUGGUCUAUUGGGUUGUUUAUUUAUCUAAAGACACGAUGGAGAAAUCGGAAAGUCUAAUGUAAUUUUGUUGCUAGAAUAGUUUCCUAAAAGAUGAUGAACUUAAUGCAGAAUGCCUUUUUAAAUGUUUUUAAAGAUAAACCAUUGUUCUUUAUUAGAAUAAAAAGUCUAUGUAAUUUUUACAUUUAAAAAAUUCAAGCCAGUUAUUUGGAGAGUUAAUUCAUUCCUCAGUGAAGAGUGAGCCAUCUUUCAUUGCAGAAAAAUGAUUUGAAUAGAAUCAAUUCAGCAUUCAAAUUAGAUGAAUUGCAGACCAUCCUGGAAAGUUGGGACAAGAGAAAUAGGGCUAUUAGAGAUAUGUGGUACCUAUUUAUGCAUUGAAAUUCGAAAACAGACUAUGACAUUUUAAAAUAUACACUAUGAAUAUCAACCAACCACCCUAAAUUUCCCAGUGGCACUGCCCUUAAUCAGAAUUAUUUGUCGGAUAUCCUAUGAGGUGACCUUUGGAGAUCCUUCUAGUAUCUGCAAGAAAAGGACUUUAUCCUUGUUAAAUGAAACAUUUUUGAAAGGAAAUGGAACAAAACAAAUACUGACCAAUGAGUGAACCCUCUGCUGCAUCAAAAACAAAAACAGAGAUCAGGGGAGAUGUGUUCCCUGUCUUAUGUUGGCCAAACAGGACUUAACACUUGACUUGAAAAUCUGUGCUUUGAGCCAAAGUUUAACUCAUUGUAUGAAUUUUUUUGACAGUAGUUCAUUCAGUUAUGUAUUCUUUAACAUAUACUUAUUCAGAGCCUCCUGCAUUCCAGGCACUAUGCUAUACACUGUCUCUCUAGGAAAGCUCUUUCACCUUUACCUUCGAUAUUACUUGAAUAGUAGAACAGUCAGUGCAUGCUACCGAACCAUAAACUAGCAGAGGACAUUGCAUUCUUUAACAGGAGAAAUCUAUUUAGAGUCUGAGAGCAUCUUGAAAUUAUUUGUUUCUCCUACAUUAUAGAGGGUAACAAAUUAGCACAGCUUCAGCAACUGACUUCAAAAUACAGUGGAAAUGUGUACAGAUUGUUCUCUAAAUAAGAAGCACUGUGUACCUAAGAGUAGAAAUCUGGGCACUAUAAGAUCAUAUAAAUUGUCUCGAAUUUGAUCAGAAUAGUGGGAUAGAAUUUGAUCAGAACCAUAGAAUCAUCAGAAUUAGGAAUUCAACACAAGGCCUUUUAGAUGCUUUUUCCAACACAGAUCUCUAUGGCUGGUGAAAUGCUAAUCUUCUGGAGAGUUUUUGUGUUGGUAGUUUCUUAUUUCUGGGAAGUUUAGCGUUUCGGGGGAGGGCAGUUUUUGUACAGUUUCAUAACAAAGGUGAGUAUUUUAAAAUGAAAAGAGCAGCAAAGGAAUGGAGUAAGGAAGAAAAAUCAUAGCCAAGGGGUAGGAUUCUGCUGACUCUGAUAAGCAAUUUAUCAGGAUUUUCAUGUACUAACUUUUCUUUUUCAUUACAUAGGCUUAACAACUUAAUUGAAUUUCUUGCAGCUGUCUUAUGAGGCUAAAUCUAGGUCUGUUUUUUUGUUGUGUUGCUUCCAGAUUUUUCUUCUUUAUUUCUUUCUUCCUGGUCUGGGUUGUGUGAAUGAAUGUGUUCCAGAUGUUUGGGGGAACAUUUUGAUAAAAAUGGCCACCUUCCAAGCAGAAUCUCUCAUUUUUUAGAAAAGAAAUGAUUUUAAUUAAUUGCUGUUAGUUUUUCAGCUAUUGCAUUGCCUUGGAAUGGUUGUAUAUGAGAACUGUGAAAUGUACAAAUGCCAAAUAUUAGUUGUGAGUCAUAUCUGAGAAUUCCUCUUUGGCUAUCACUUCGAGUAUGUCCUAGAAUCACUAACAAUUUUAAGGCUGAAAGAUGCUUUAAAAAUCAUCCAAUCCAAGUCCUCACUUAUAAAUUGAUACCAGUAAUAUGAGGCCAAAUAAAAUUUGUAUAUAUGUAUAUAUUUAAU